UGAAAAUGGAAGAAGAAAUCGUUGCUUGGUUUUCUAUAUUUUUUCUUCAACUUUUCAAAAAGGAAAACAGAACUCGCUUGGAAGAAUUUAGGGAUUUUCAAUAAUCUUCAUCAUUCGCGUUCUCAAUUUCAUCAUCACAGGCAACAGAUCCCAAAUUCGUCUUCAGAUCCUCACAAUUAACCUUCUACAGAUCUCGAUUUCAUCACAUAAUUGCAAUUGCCCGUUGUAUACUUCGUUAUUAUUGCACUAAACACCUCUGGAUCUCAUCGAGCUUUCGCACGGUUUUAGAACCGAAUCAAUCAUGAAUCCGUUUUCUUCUGGAACGCGAUUACGGGACAUGAUUCGGGCAAUACGUGCUUGCAAAACUGCUGCAGAAGAGCGUGCUGUUGUUAGAAAAGAAUGUGCUCUUAUUCGCGCGGCAGUUAGCGAUAAUGAUAACGGAUAUAGACAUCGUAACUUGGCAAAACUCAUGUUUAUUCACAUGCUAGGAUACCCCACACAUUUUGGCCAAAUGGAAUGCCUGAAAUUAAUAGCAGCUCCUGGCUUCCCUGAGAAAAGAAUAGGAUAUCUUGGACUCAUGUUGCUUCUUGAUGAAAGACAAGAAGUUUUGAUGUUGGUCACCAAUUCAUUAAAACAAGAUCUUAACCAUGCAAACCAAUAUAUAGUGGGACUAGCUCUUUGUGCUUUGGGGAAUAUAUGCUCAGCAGAAAUGGCGCGUGAUCUUGCACCUGAAGUUGAAAGGUUGCUGCACUUUCGAGAUCCAAAUAUCCGGAAGAAAGCAGCAUUAUGCUCAAUAAGGAUCGUAAAGAAAGUGCCUGACCUUGCAGAAAAUUUUGUGAACCCUGUUGUUUCAUUACUUAAAGAAAAGCAUCAUGGAGUCCUUUUAACUGGGAUACAGCUCUGUACAGAACUCUGUAAUCUUAGUGAGGAAGCUCUAGAGUAUUUUAGGAAGAAAUGCACGGAGGGAUUGGUGAAAGUUCUGAAGGAUGUUGUGAACAGUUCAUAUGCUCCUGAAUAUGACAUUUCAGGUAUUGCAGAUCCUUUUCUUCAUAUAAGAUUGCUUCGCCUUUUGCGUGUAUUGGGUCACGGAGAUGCUGAUGCAAGCGAUUCUAUGAAUGACAUUCUUGCUCAGGUGGCAACAAAAACUGAGUCGAACAAGAAUGCAGGGAAUGCAAUACUGUAUGAAUGUGUAGAAACCAUAAUGAGCAUUGAAGAUGUUAGUGGCCUGCGUGUUCUUGCAAUCAAUAUUUUGGGGCGCUUCUUGUCUAACCGUGACAACAAUAUCAGAUAUGUUGCACUGAACAUGCUGAUGAAAGCAGUUUCAAUAGAUGAUCAAGCUGUGCAGAGACAUCGUGCAACAAUCUUAGAAUGCGUAAAGGAUUCAGAUGCUUCAAUCCGUAAAAGAGCUCUUGAACUUGUAUAUCUUCUGAUGAAUGAGACCAAUGUAAAAGCUUUGGCGAAGGAGUUAAUUGAUUAUCUACAAGUAAGUGACCAGGACUUCAAGGGAGAUCUCACUGCCAAAAUUUGCUCCAUUGUUGAAAAGCUAUCCCCAGACAAGAUUUGGUACAUUGACCAGAUGCUCAAGGUUCUCUCUGAGGCUGGAAAUCAUGUAAAGGAUGAGGUAUGGCACGCUCUUAUUGUUGUCAUAACCAAUGCUUCAAAUCUCCAUGGAUAUACAGUACGCUCACUCUACAAGGCAAUCCAAAAAUCAGCUGACCAGGCAACACUUGUUCGUGUGGCUGUAUGGUGCAUCGGAGAAUACGGAGACAUGUUGAUAAACAAUAUUGGAAUGCUUGAUCUGGAGGACCCUAUAACUGUAACUGAAAAUGAUGCUGUGGAUGUCGUUGAACUUGCAAUCAAACUCCACACAUCGGAUCUUACCACCAGAGCUAUGUGUUUGAUUGCUUUGUUGAAGCUAUCAUCCCGUUUUCCUUCUUGCUCACAGAGAAUAAAGAAUAUUGUUACACAAUCUAAAGGAAGCCUUCUGCUUGAACUGCAGCAGAGAUCAAUCGAAUUUGAUUCUAUUAUUGAAAAACAUCAGAAUAUAAGGUCUGCGCUAGUUGAAAGGAUGCCGGUGCUUGAUGAAGCAACUUUUAGUGGAAGGAAGACUGGCUCUAUUCUAGCACCAGCUGUUUCAACUAUAAAUUCCGCCAGUGGAGUUGCCAUAUCAGCGGCUGCUCCAUUAGUAGAUUUCAUUGAUAUAGGAGCAGAUGAACCUGCAGCUGCUUCACCUACUUCUUCAGGUGGCAACUUUCUUCAAGAUCUACUUGAUGUCGGUACAACCCCCAUUCCAUCACAAUCAGGUAAAACCGAGGCUCAAAAGAGUGGCACUGAUGUUCUGCUGGAUUUACUGUCAAUUGGGCCAUCCCCUCCCCAAAACAGUUCAUCCGCACCCGACUUAUUAUCAUUAAGCCAAGAUAAUAAAACUUCUGUUAGUCCAUUAGAUAGUCUUUCAUUAGCUACAGUGCCAGCUGUACAAGCAUCUUCAACAGCUAUGAUGGAUUUGUUAGAUGGAUUCGGUCCUAGCCCCCCACCAACUAAAGACAACGGUCCUGCUUAUCCACCUAUAGUUGCUUUUGAAAGCAGCUCUUUGAGGUUAACGUUCAACUUUUCCAAACAACCUGGAAGUCCACAAGAAACCCAUAUCGAAGCAGACUUUACAAACAAGUCUUCUGAUGUUUAUACAAACUUCAUCUUUCAGGCAGCAGUCCCAAAGUUUCUUCAACUGCAUUUAGAACCUGCUAGUAGUAAUACACUUCCUGGAAACGCUAACGGGGCAAUAACUCAGAAGUUACGGGUUACCAACAGUCAACAUGGCAAGAAAUCUAUCGUUAUGCGCAUAAGAAUAAGUUACAAACUGAACAACAAAGACGUGCUAGAGGAAGGGCAAAUCAGUAAUUUCCCUCGUGACCUAUGAACCUGAAGCUCCUUUGAAGAAAUUGAUCCGUGUCAUUUUUUUUUGUUACGAGGACGUGGAUGUGAUGAGGCCCGGUUGCAAUCUGGAUUCUUUUAGUCAAUGACUGACCCAGGGGGGCAUAAAAACGAAAAAAAUGCGGGUAACCAAGUUUUGUGAUAUAGGAGGAGGUGUGAGGUUUUAAAUGGUUUGAAGUGUCGAUUGUUGAAGACAGAUUACAGGUUGUGUAAGAUAGGCAUGAAGAUCCUUUGGAAGCCAAACACGUAGGUGUAGCUUCUAUGUAAUGUUUGUUUCACUUUUUACGACCCAAUGGAAGUUUUUGGUUUAUUUUUCUUUUUUCACCAUCACUAAUAUUGAUAACACUUGUGUUUGCCAUUACUCCCGUUAAUAUUUUCCAACAGUGGCCUAAUUUGUGUC